AUGGCUACUCCCGAACCAUCCGAGGCAAACGUUCCCAAAGACGAGGAACCCGCAGAUGUGGCCUUACAGCUCGCGCACGUCCCCAACCUUGCGGCCAAUGGGCUAGUCGAGGCUCUCGAACGAAUGCAUCGAGAAAAUAUUACUGCGCGAGAGCGUCAGCACCGAGAAUUAAUGCAAGCCAAAGAGCGCCAGCAUCGGGAGAAGAUGAACGCUCGACGGCACUACCAAACGCAGAAAUUGCAAGCGCAGGAGCGUCAGCAUCAAGAGUUACUGGCGGCUCAGAAGCGCUUGCAUCGAGAGAAAAUCAAGGGGCGGCGGCGUUUACAUGAGGAGGUUCAGGAACAGCGGGAAGAGCAGCAAAGUCAGCUUGUCGACACGCUGGAAGGGCUAUGCCCUGAUUUUGAUGGCGUCGUCGACGCGCUGGGCGAGAUACGCAACGAAGUCGAGAGCCUGCAAGAUGGAUUGUCUGAGUCGUUCACUAAUGUGGAAAGGCAGCUUGGAGAGUUGAACGGACGCAUCCAAGAAUGCACGGCGCAAAUGCAACAGGCAAUGAUCGGUAUGAUCCUAUGUUUGUCUCUGUAUGAGUGGACCCUUGCUAACACAUAG